AUGGAAUGUCAGCGAGCAGUUGAACAACUUUGUCAGCUUAUGGUUGUGUCAGUGUCCCUGUCUGCUGGCACUGUGUUCUGUGAUCCAGCAGCCGAUGUCCCUGUGUCGGCAACAGCCGACAUUAUUUCUGCAACACACAGAUAUUUCACCACCAGCUGCGUGUUUCUGAUCCACACAGAAGCACACAUCAAUUUUAAUCAGCGUCCAAAAGUUGUGAGAGUACUGAAAGACAGCAAAGUUGCAGUCGUUACGAUAUCUGUUGUGACCUUGUUCGGUUUGCAAGAAGGGUAUCAUCGCAGGUGCAGUCGUCCCCUGUACGUUCUGCCAUUCAGCGGCUUGAAAUUGCUAGACGGAAUCAGACAGCUGUCGAGAGCAGUGAACUUAUCACACUCAAUCUGGUUGCUCCUCCUGGACAAGAACUCUUCCCUGGAGGAGUUCUUCACCGACAUUAACAUCCCUUUCGACUGCGAGUUCCUGGUGGCUCAGCCAGAAGAUGACCACGUCGUCGGCCUGACCGAAGUGUACCGUGUUAGCCCAACACUUCCACUGCAGACAUACCGUUUCGGCAACUGGACUCCUGAUGCCGGACUCAGCCACCCGUCACAAAGCUUUCUCCAUAGGAGGAACAAUCUUCAGAGACUUAAUCUUCAUGUGGCAGUAAAUAAUGAUUCACUCACUAUAGUCACUGGAGCAGACAGAGGUGACGUAUUGAAAGUUGGAGGGCUCUUUGGGCAGAUGUGGCGGGUAGCAGAGCGGUACAGAAAUUUUACGUCACACUUUAGUACCCCUAGCCUCAAUUUGCACGGGGAGAAUUUGAAAGACGGGAAAUGGAACGGGGUGGUCGGUAUGUUGGCUGCUCGACAAGCCGACGUCUCUUGUUCUGACCUCACCAUGACGACGUCACGCGUCGAUGUGGUGGACUUCAUAGAGCCCAUAUGGACCGACAGGACAUAUAUUUUCUUAAAGAAAGUCGAUGAUGUUGCGGUAGGCUGGACAACGUUCUUCAAGCCGUACAGCUGGCAGCUGUGGCUGGCUUUUACAGCCGCUGCCACCCUGUUAAUUGUCUGUCUUGCAGCAAUAUAUUACGUCAGAAGCCAGUUUGUCGGUCAUACUGACUUUCAAAUGCAACGCUGCGGGUUAUCCCAUGCAAUGUUUCACAUCACAGCGUGUUUCUGCUGUCAAGGUUCCGAAAUUGUGCCGCGAGGAGUCUCCUGCCGUACGGUGCACAUCUUGGCCUGUUUUAUGUCUGUGGUAAUGUUUACGAGCUACUCCGGGGCUCUGGUCUCGACCAUUGCCUCGCGCAAAGCCAUCUUGCCCUUCAAAACCUUUCAGGAUUUCCUGAACGAUGGAACUUACAGACUUGGGGUCGUUGCCAACUCAUCAACAAUUAGCAACAUGAAGGAAUCAAGCGAAACUUUGUUACAAAAGGUAUACGAGUCGUUGCUGCCUGACAUCGGCAAUCUCCCGAAAAGAAACAAUGAAGGUCUACGUCGUGCUUGUGAAGACGGACGCUACGCAUACAUGUCACCAUUAUACGUGCUCCUCACCAAUGCUGCCACAUGCACACUACAAACAGUGCCUCAUGCUUUCAUUUCUUCCACGAAGGCCAUGGCAGCGGUCAAGGGCAGUCCAUAUCGACUCGUACUAAAGCAAACAUUUCGCACUAUUAGGCGCUCCGGGAUUUUCCGUCGUAUUUGUAGUGAAACGCUGACCGGCCAGCCUCAGGAGAAGGAAACGACGUUCUACAGCGUCGAUCACAACGCAGUGUCACCGCUCUUGUCCAUUUUAUUCAUCGGAAUGGUAGCGUCUAUUUUAAUUCUGACAGUGGAAAUAAAUUACAGCCAUUCGCAACGCUGUCUGUGAUAUGUGCGGUUUAUGGUAACGCUUACCAUAUCCGGCGCCAAACCGUAGUUAGUGUUCGUCAAUGAACACUCGUUGCACUUGUGAAAUAGAGACCCUUGAGCUUCGACUGUUGAAAGAUAUCUGACGGAAUGGCGCAAGCAGGUCUUAAUAUUAUGUUUCCUGUUUGGGCUCUUGUAUAGUCACAGUGAUAUUCUGUAUUUAUUAAUCCAAUCAAUCUGUAUUUAAUUUAAACCAUGAACAAAUAUUCUAAUGUGGAUUGUGAGAAAUUUUUGAUGGCUGUGUACAAGAAGAAGAACAUUGACAUUUUUAUUCUGGAUUCAGAUAUAGACUGCUUCAAGACGCCAUCUUUCGGAACUAAAAAACUACUGGAUGAGUCUAAUUGGUGUGAAUAAUAAGUUGUAGUUUAUAGUUCUUGGUUAUUAAUUGGUAAUCUUCUAUCUCUAACAAAAAGGCUGUCAACAAAAUUUUACUCUGCAAAUUUGCACUUCGUGAUGCACGUCUUUAUCAAAGGAUUUCCGUUUCCGGUUUGGAAAACAAAAGCACUUCCUCUCCAGGUCAGUUUACAAACGUUUUAUUAUUAAAUGGCUCACACCAAUCAGUUUUUGUUGAGUUGUCUGCGUCUAAACCGAUUUUCUUAAAAUUCAACCGCUAAGUCACGUGACGAAUUAUAAUAACUCUACAGGUUAUUCAGCGCACGAACUUUGCCUUGAAAUGUGACAUCUGUCUGAGAUGGUUAAGUUGCAACAGAGGAAGUAUUUACAUUAACUGCACGUGUUUGUGUAUAUCUAAUAUGUUUGUUGUUAAGUAAAAUUAUAAAGAAUAGGAUUUGAGGUUUUCACGGCGUUGUCUCUGUCACUUGUGCGAUCGCCCUGAUGAUGGAGGUAGCAAGAACCUCUGAAGCGUCGGUAAACGUCUACCAGACUUUACGGCGCAACAACCUAGAAGACAGCCAUCUUCAAAAAAUUGAAGCUUAUAAUUUUUUGCAGUUCUUUGCAAUUUGCUGGCUUUAAUUCGGUUAAGUUACUCAGAGCAUAUUUUUCUGGAUUAAAUAUUAAGAAUUGCUUCUCUCAGGCAGUAUUCUGACAGCGCGAAUUUUAAAUUCGUACUGUCUUCUGUACGGUGAAACAAUUUGUUUAUAAAAUUCUCCAACUUCUUUACUAUUUUAAUAGACUUAAGAGGAAUGUUUAAUCCAGAAUAAUGAUGUGAUCGACAAACGUCCUCAUAUUUAAUUAUACAAGCUCAUGCACUUUAAAUUCUCUGAGAAAUUGAUAAAAUUAGAAAAUUUAAAAAGCCGCACAGAAAAGUGUAGAAGUCUAUAAUUCACAUUGGCCAGGUUUCGACCACCCUUCAGCGAUUUCUGUCACAUGGAAACCACAGAAUAUUUUGUAUACAAUGUGAGAGUCAGGAGAAAUAUAGAAGCCUGCAGUGAUAUGGACUGAAAAUGGACGGUUUAAUCUUGUUUACCUGAAACUUGGAAGAGAACUAGCCUUAUUCCUCAUCCUAUUUAAAGUAAUAUAAAUAAUCGACAGAGGAACGUAGAUAUUUAAUUUAUACGUGAAUAUUG